AUGAAGGGUGGGGAUGGAAAACACAGUUAUGCAAAUAAUUCCGAGGCGCAGAAAAAUAUCUAUUCCCAAGCAAAGCUGGCUGUGAUCGAAAACGUAAAGGAAGUGAUAGUGAAAUUGGCCUUUCCUGGGUAUAUCAAAGUGGCCGACUUGGGGUGUUCUUCCGGAGAAAACACGUUCGUAGCUACGUCCGAAAUCGUCAACACGAUCAUAGAAUCAUACCAACAAAAAGGACAAAACCCACCAGAGAUAGAUUGUUGUCUUAACGAUCUUCCAGACAACGAUUUCAACACUACCUUCAAAUGGCUCCCUUCCUUCCACGAGAAGCUGAAGUUGGAUGUCAAAGGAAAGUGCUUCAUCUCAGGAGUCCCAGGCUCAUUCUAUUCAAGACUUUUCCCAAGCAAGUCUCUUCAUUUUGUUCAUUCAUCUUUGAGUCUCCAUUGGCUUUCUAAGGUCCCUGAUGGGCUUGAGGAAAACAAGACGAAUGUGUAUCUUAGAAGUCCAUGCCCUCCAAAUGUGUACGAGAGUUAUUUGACUCAGUUCAAGAAUGAUUUCUCGUUGUUUCUAAGAAUGCGUGCGGAGGAGACAAUGCCUAAUGGACGUAUGGUUCUCACUUUAGUGGGCAGGAAAGCUUUGGACCCUUUAUCUAAAGAUUGUUUCCAGAAUUGGUCGUUGAUAUCUCAUUCCCUCCUCGAUUUGGUUUCUGAGGGGUUAGUGAAGGAAUCAGACGUGGAAUCUUUCAACUUGCCGUUUUAUAAUCCUGAUGAAAAUGAGUUGCGUGAAGUUAUUGAAAACGAGGGCUCUUUCAAGAUCAAAAAUUUUGAAACACUAUUUGGUCUUCUUUUUUCAAACAAAACUAGUCGUACCGAAGUGAGAGAUGAUGAUAAUGUGGACCAAUCAUGUGUAUUCGAAGUCAUUGAAAAGAGAGCAAAAGUCAUAAGAUCCAUUACUGAACCGAUGCUUGCUGCUCAUUUUGGAAGCGCCGUGAUGGAUCGUCUGUUCGAUAAGUAUACAUACCAUUUAAGCCAACAUUACGAUACUUUGCGCAACAAACCAACGGUUAAUUUCUUUGUUUCAUUGAUCAGAAAGUAA